GGUGCAACAAAAGAAUCAGCUGAUUUAGGGCGGGUGUCAGAAUUAAUAACGGGUCGUCCUCGGCUAACAAGGUGUUGACUGUGAUGGAUAGUCUCUAACAAUCAGUUUGACUUGGCAAAACCUGUUUGGAGAGGAGCCGCACCUGUUCUGGUGUCUGCUGGAGGGGUGGUGGGGGGAGGACAAGUGCUCAGAGACACUCGUUAGCUCUGCUAGACGAUGUGGAAGUGUUACUUGGUUCUCGCCUGUGCUGUGCUUACUCUAACAUUAUCUGCCAGAAACAAUGGAAAUGGAGGAGAUGGUGAUUUAUCGCUCUGGAUUGAUGAGCAACAGGUCAAAAUGUUUAGCGGAUUUGCUAUGGAGAUAUAUGCCAUCGUAGAUGGAAAAGUUCUUCCAUAUAUUUUGGAUCCAAACUUUGAAAAAUAUCUACCUAUUAUUCCAUCAGAGGCUGGCUAUGUGAACUUAACAUGGAAGUCAGGAACAAAGAAAUAUUACUACAACUUUGACAGGCUACAAUCAUUCAAUGAAGAUGUUCUUGCAUCUCCUGUCAUUUCUAUCAAAACCAAAGGCAGGGUACCCAGAAGGCCUAAAGUUUUUAGCGUUCUUUUGCCCUGUAAUGGGAAUCGGUCUGGGAUUGCAGCCUUCAGCAUUGGACUAUUGAUAGAGACCCGAAAGGGAAAACCUCUGCCCGGAACUCCUCUUAGACUCCGGCUGCGGAAAGAAUGUGCAGAAAGAGGACCAGACCCUGAGUGUGACAAGAAGUGUGCCAACGGUGGAUGGUGUAACAAGGACAAGAUAUGUCAGUGCCAGGAGGGCUACCUGGGACCUUAUUGUAAGGCUGCACUCUGUUACCCGCAAUGCAUGAACAAUGGCAACUGUACUGCUCCAGGUGUCUGUAGCUGUCCAGAGGGCUACCAGGGGCGGCACUGCGAGGGAGGUAUCUGUGCUGAAAAAUGUCAGAAUGGUGGGAAAUGUAUUCAGAAGGACAGUUGUGAAUGUCCGAAAGGAUAUUAUGGACUCCGGUGUGAAUUCUCCAAAUGCAGCAUCGCCUGUUUGAAUGGUGGCCGUUGUCGCGGAGUCAACAAGUGCAGGUGUCCUCCUGGUUUCCUUGGCAAUCACUGUGAAAUUGGCCGCCACAUCGCACCCGGCAGCUCAUGUGCCAAGGCUUGUGGACAUGGCAGAUGUGCAGCGGACAACACUUGUGUCUGUGAUGCCGGUUGGUUCGGCAGAUAUUGCUACCAAAGACAUCCCCACAAGAGAAAACAUCAUGACUCCCACACUACAGAGUCGAGUUCAGAAGUGGAUUUGGAAGAGGGGAGGAUUCGGCACAGAGUAUAAUUCAGGCAUCCGUGGAAUUUACUCUGAACAGUUGGAAAUAGUUUUAUUUCACUUCACUCACUCUUCUAAAUUUAUCAAAAUUGCUUAAUGGUAACAGAAACUUCAUAAAAGCAUUUGCUGUGAUUUUCUAAUUCAAGGCAGAAAUUAUAAUGCAAAAGAUGCAAAUGCAUAAAAAUGGUGUCAUGUUGUCAUUGAGACAACAGUGUAAAACAUGCAUAAAGUGACUCUGAAGAUAUGCAUAUCAAUAUUAUUUAAUAUUGUGCUUCAUUUUUAUAGUACAUAUUAGUAGAAUCCUCAUAUUUGAUAUGUAACAAAAUAUCAACAUAUGAGUUUUGUAUUGUACUUCUUUCUCUUUGUCACUAAAUUAUGAUGACGUUUUCUCCUGAUACCUAACAUAGUGAUCAAAGUUAGUGUAAUUUAUAAAUGCCAGUUUUAAUGCAAACAUUAAAAAAUAUAUUGUUUUUACUGUUUUAAUGUUACUACAACUCUGUAAAUUAAUUAUGUUGAGGCAAAAAUAUUUUAAUUUUUUAUUGCUUGUUGCCAAGUGAUAAAGUUUUGUAAGAUCAUUGUUUACAUUCUUUUCAGAGUAAUAUCAUUCUAGAGAAUAUUUUUCUGGAAGAAAUUAUAGAAACGUAUGAAACAAUGUUACCAAAAACGAGAUUAGUUUUUUUGCAAGUACUAGAUAAACACAUUUGUUAUACAUCUUUUGCAAACAGAAGGCUGGGCUGUAGUGAUGGUGACGUUUUAUUUAGGACCAUAUAUUACAAUUCCAUGUUUUUAUAUUUCAGAAACGUAAUUCUAAACAAAAUUAAUCACUAUUUACAUAUAGUACUUUGCAAACUAUUUCAAAUAAAAUGACAAAAUAAGUAUAAAAAUUAACUGAAUUUUUUUUACAUUUGCAUUUGGAAAUGAAAUUUUACUUUUGGUCAAAUAUACCAUUUUAUUUUGGUCUAGAACAAUGUGUAUUAUAUAUAUAUAUAUAUAUAUUUUAUUUGGUUGGUUUAUUUAAUGGCAUUUCAUGUAGUAUUAUAGAAAUUAUUUUAAAUCGGACUAGCUGAGACCACGGUCGAUCCGACAAAACAAAAAUCUGGAUUAAACAGAGUAUGUUAUGCCGUUUCCAUGCCCUGUGGUUACUCAUCCUUUCCAACAUGAGAAGUGGCGGGUGUUGUGUUUUUUGUUGCUCGAAAUACAUCAACUCGCCCGAAUGAGAUGUUGCUUCUGCAUGGCUUACAACUGUGAUUUUUUCAGCGUUUUCUCCAUCAGUUUCCACCCUGUUAUUGGCAUUUUUAUCACAGAAAGUCUCAAUAUAUGUAAUCAUUGAGUUCUAUGAAUAGUCAACUGAUAAACAUACAUUUGUCCUACACUCCGCAGUCUAGGCAGACGACAAAAAGCUAAUUUUAAAAUUUCCUGGACUUUUAAGUCCGGGUUACCCGGAUAUCCGACAUAAAGAGGUCCGACUUAACAAGGUUGCACUGUAAAUAUAUUUUAAUUGGGUUUUGUUCAACCAAAAUAUAAUGUGCAAAUUUUUCACUUAAAAAAAAAAAAACAAAUACAUUACGAAAAUCUGUUGGAUGGUUCUUUUAUAAUAUUUUCCCCAAAAAAAUAUAAGAAAUUCACAGAAUAUUGUUUGGUAUUUUAUGCAUAUCUAGUUCAGAAGUUUCAUAAUUUUUGGGAACAACAGCACUAGGACAAGAGAAAUAACUAUUGGCAUUCAAAUGAUUUAACAAAGUUGAAUGGUAAACCAAUUCAUGUGUAUUAAGUGUUGACUAAUCUCUAUAAGGUUCUGUGAAACACAAUUAAUUAAUUGUUGAUUUGUUUUAUGUACUUUAGUUGUAUAAGGAUAGCUAUUAUUUCUUUUCCUUGUUACUUAUUGAGAUUGUUGAUAAUAAUUUAAAGUAUUAUUAAUUUAAUUUAAAUGAAAAAAUACUGUUUAUGAACAAUCAAGUCUAACUUUGAAUUAAUGUUUAAAAACGAAAAAUCAAUUAUUAAGCCUAAUAAUUUUAUCAUUGACAUUAUAUUAGAUCAAAAUUUAAAUUAUGGUUGUGAUUUAGAAGUAAAUCUCACAAAAAAAUGACAAUUUGAUUUAAUUAUGGUAAAUAUUUACUUUCUUUCUAAUUUUUAAGCUAUCAACACUUCCACUGCAAUGUCUGGCACAGUAUGAUUAUCCAGUGUGAGUUAAAAGUAUGGAUACAGUAUGUUUAGUUUUUGAUGGAUAAAGAUGAAGGGAUGGAACUCGGGACACCUUUUUAGGAAGUAAAAGUGAACUUUUUAAUCACUGUUACAACUUUGCCCAUUUUUCAAAAAUGGGAUUUUGGGGAACUCAACAUUUUAAAAUAUAAAGACCCAUUAAGUGACAUCUCAUUUGAAAGAUCUUGGCAAAAGAAGAGGAAAUGUGAAAACUAGAGCUUUCUAUCUCAGUAUGAAAUGGUAGCUAAUUGAAAUUAAUUAAGUUAAAAGCAUGGAAGAAUCCUGCUCAACAUUCAAUGGACAAAGAUAGAACUUUGUUAAUUCCAACCAGAAACCAUGAUACAAACAUGAUCUUCUUCAAAACUGAUAAGAUAAGGAAGGCCUGCCUGCAUCAGGUAAUAACUGUAAAACAGGUUUAGGUUUGUAAGGGAAGUGGUUGUCUAUUGAAGUUAUUUACCUUCUGAAUAUGGAUGUUGAUAUUUUUUUGUCUCAAUUAAUUUUUAAUUGAUUUCAAUUAGCAGUCAUUUUAUACUGGGUUGAAACAAAAAGCUCUAGUUUUCACAGUUCUUGUUCUUUUAUCAAGACAUUUCAAAUAAGGUGUCAUAGUUUUAUUUAAAAAAAAGGAUAUAAGUCUUUACUUUUAAAAAUUGUGAGCCGCUCCUCCAAAAUCCCAUUUUGGGGAAAUGGGCAAAGUUGUAACAGUGACUAAAAAGUUAACUCCUAAUUCCUAGAAAGGUGUUCCGAGCUCCAUCCCUCCAUUUUUAUCUACCAAAAACUAAACAGAGUGUAUUCAUACUUUUAACUCAUACUGUAGAAUAACAGAAUUUUGGACAUUUACCAUCGUUGAAUGUUAGAAAAAAAUUCAAAUACUAACAGAUUUAUUUUGUUAAACAACUUGUCUAUUUUUAAAUAUGGCUUAAGCUUUUUCAAUGGCAUCUUUAAUUACUGUUAAUUUUCUUGCAUGUUAAUCUUACGUUUCAGGUUUUGAUACCUGAAAAAGAGAACUAAUAACAAUACUCAAAACUCAGUGUUUCAAUGUUUGUAAUAUCUAACGAUGGUAAAUGUCCGAAAUCCUGUAUCUUUAAAUUUAUUUUUGGUAAAACUUUCAGAAUAUAUGUACGUUUUAUUUAUGUAGUAAUACAAAAAGAUUUAUCAAUUUGUAUGUGUUUCAUUAAAAUUCUCCUAAUGUUGCACACUCUUCAUAAAUUUAAAGAAUCAUAUUUACCGAUAGUAGAAAGCGAACUAGUCCAUAAAAGCUUUCUAGCAAGUUAUUGGAUAUUUUGUAUACAACUUGUCUAUUUUUAAAUAUGGCUUAAGCUUUUUCAAUGGCAUCUUUAAUUACUGUUAAUUUUGUUCCAUGUUAAUCUUACGUUUCAGGUUUUGAUACCUGAAAAAGAGAACUGAUACCAAUACUCAAAACUCAGUGUUUCAAUGUUUGUAAUAUCUAACGAUGGUAAAUGUCCGAAAUCCUGUAUCUUUAAAUUUAUUUUUGGUAAAACUUUCAGAAUAUAUGUACGGUUUAUAUAUGUAGUAAUACAAAAAGAUUUAUCAAUUUGUAUGUUUCAUUAAAAUUCUCCUAAUGUUGCACACUCUUCAUAAAUUUAAAGAAUCAUAUUUACCGAUAGUAGAAAGCGAACUAGUCCAUAAAAGCUUUCUAGCAAGUUAUUUGAUAUUUUGUUAUACAACUUGUCUAUUUUUAAAUAUGGCUUAAGCUUUUUCAAUGGCAUCUUUAAUUACUGUUAAUUUUGUUCCAUGUUAAUCUUACAUUUCAGGUUUUGAUACCUGAAAAAGAGAACUGAUACCAAUACUCAAAACUCAGUGUUUCAAUGUUUGUAAUAUCUAACGAUGGUAAAUGUCCGAAAUCCUGUAUCUUUAAAUUUAUUUUUGGUAAAACUUUCAGCAUAUAUGUACGGUUUAUAUAUGUAGUAAUACAAAAAGAUUUAUCAAUU